GUUUCCGGAAGGCGGGCACCUUGAAAAUUUCAUAUCAGUCUAAUCAUCAUAAGUUUAAAUUCCAUGGGUACAGAAUAAAAGAAAAUCGUCUAGUAGCGAUGUUUAAAUAGUGCCGCCAUGUAUGACGGUUAUUUAUGGUUUUUGAGCAUUGUGUUUGUGCUGCUUUUCAAUGCCAAAUUCUCUGCCCCAUUUUCAUAUUCAAAACUUUUUGAUUCAGAGUUUGGAAGAUAUGUUCCAGAAAACCCAAAUAAAAUUAAGACCGACACUAGGCUAAAGUACGAAAAAAGCACACAUGCAUUCACAUUGGAUAUCAGUGAAAUUAGAAAUGUGUCGAUCCUAGACCACUUUUGGAAGAGCACAGGAUUAUGCCCUCCAGCACCCCACCAGGAAGCUUAUAAAUAUUUCUUAAGCCCUGACAUGCGACAAAACCUUGCAUAUAUAGGCAGUGUCCCACAGGGUGGAAUACAGCAAGUCCGUAUACAUUGGUUACUUGAUCUAGUCACAGUUAAAGGGUUUCAGGAAGGCAGGCCUAACUAUGACUUCAGCAAGCUCGAUGAUUUGAUACAGCUGCUAUAUGAUAAUGGGUUACAGCCAGGCUUUGAACUGAUGGGAAAUCCAUCUAAUAUUUUCACAAACUUUGAGAAUAAAACACAGGUGUAUUGGUGGCGGGAUCUCAUGCAGCAGUUAGCUGAGAAUUAUAUAGCCCAGUACGGAGGUGGCUAUCUUAGCAGAUGGAGGUUUGAAACUUGGAAUGAGCCAGAUCACCAUGAUUUUGAUCCUGGCCUCAAUAUAACAGUUCAAGGGUUUCUGAACUACUACGAUGCCUGCUCUGAGGGCCUAAGACGUGGGAGUGGAGGUAUCCCUCUCAUAUUUGGGGGCCCUGGGGGAUCAUGCAGGAGUACAAGUUUUUCGAAGAUAUGCUGGGCAUUACUGGACCAUGUUGAAAAUGGGCUGAAUUUCUUUACUGGACAGAAAGGGAAUCGUAUUGAUUUUAUAUCUUUCCAUAAAAAGGGAAAUCUGCCAAACAACUCUGCAUACAUCAUUCAGUCUGAACUAGGGACUGUAGAUGCUAUAUGGAGCAAGUAUCCGGGUUUGAAACAUGUCCCAAUUGUCAAUGAUGAGGGUGACCCCCUGGUAGGGUGGAGCAGGUUGUACAAGUGGAGAGCUGAUGUUACAUAUGCUAGCAUGGUUGCUAAGAUUGUGGCCCAGCACCAAAAGAUGAUUCUAGCGAAACCUGGAAACAAAAUUAACUACUCAUUACUAAGCAACGACAAUGGCUUCCUCAGCUAUUUCCCAGCAUUCUUUGAGCAGCGCACCCUAUUGGCCAGAUUUCAAAUAAACAACACAGAAGUACCAUACACUACUUUUGUUCGCAAACCAGUGCUUAGUGUUAUGGGACUGUUGGGGUUACUUGGUGAAACACAAAUAGAAGCAAACAUAGUUACAGUUGAUGGCAAGGUGAUUGAAGAUGAUUCUGAUGUUGGUGUCCUAGCAACCACCCAUCACCCCCAGGCAUUGAAUGGUACAUCAGACAGCUGGCAGGCCAGUGUUAUGAUAUACUUCAGCAGAGAUACCAACCCAUGCGGGGCAAAUGAUACAGUCAGCCUGAAUGUCAACCUCACUGGGUUACAACCAACACACAAAGGUAAGGACAUGAGGCUUGUUGUAUACUACCUAGAUGGUCGUCGUAGCAACCCAUACAAUGUCUGGUUGCAUCAAGGGAGACCAGUUUUCCCCUCAAUUUCCCAGCUCACAGAAAUGAGAUUACAAGAGGGCCCCAUUGUGUUACAAGCUCCAAAGGUCUUCUUACCAGAGAUAGGUUGGGAUACAACCUUGGAGUUAACAUGUCCUGGUGUUGUGGUACUCAUACAUAUCUGUGACAAACCUGACUCUCCACCAGACCAGACAAAUGGAUUGGCCAUACAAAACAUAACUGUGGAUCAAGUGCUUAUUUCAUGGAGUGACAAAUGCAUAAACACUCGUUGCAUUAAGACUUAUGAAGUAGAGCGAAGCAGCACAUUAGAGGGACCUUACACAAACAUCAAUCUAAUAGACACUAUAUUUACUUCAAUUGUAUUUGCUCCCGUAUCCACAAAGAAAGAUGACACGCUGGUUCGUGGCUUUUAUCGGGUUAGAGCUGUAGAUUACUGGGGACAACAUGGCGAAUACUCCUUACCACUGCAAUAUCCAGACACAGGGGCAUCAUCCUGACAGACACUACACAUAAAACCUUUUGUUUAACAGAUAGGUUAUCAUAAUCAUUUCAAAGAUCAUUUGAAGCAUACAGCAUUCAACAAAAUGUGUGGACUAUGAGAUUCAAGUAUUUUCGUUCUAUCAUCGAAAAUUGUAUCUCAUGUUCUGCAAUUUCUUGAUGAUAUGUCCAAGUAAUAUUAUUCAUUUUUAACACUGAUGAUUGAGGGCAAUUAUAUAAUUUGUCAAUUGGGGACAACUCAUGUAACUCAGAAUUGCAGAAAUCCUUUAGGAAGGCAUAUUUGAAGAUUGUGUCACUAUAAACAUGAUAACACACUGGCGGAUCCGGAUCCAUUUUUAGGGCCCCAAAAAU